GUGUUUCAGUCCGGAGCGAAAACAGAGCGGCACCACGCGCUCGUGUGUAACCGGUAACGCGUGAUUCAAGACACUCGCGCGCGCUUCCAUCGUGACUGAGAGCAACGAGAAGUCCGUCAAUACCGGAGACUCGAUCACCGGGAUCAGGAGAACCGCACCGGGCGCCGAAUCCACUUCUACAGUUCGUUAUUUGCGCCGAAGGAAACACGUGUGAGCCGCUGCAGUUCCUCACAGGAUCCGCUGAUCAUCAUCAGAGAAUCACAGUUCUGCUCUAUUAAGGAUCAGCUGCUCCUCUUCUUCUUCAUCAUCUUCAGGAUGGUGUUCUUCACGUGUGACGCCUGCGGAGAGUCUCUGAAGAAAGCUCAGGUGGAGAAACACCUGCUGAAGUGCCGCGGAUGUCGAGUUUUGUCCUGCAUCGACUGCGGGAAAGACUUCCGGGGCGACGAUUACAAGAACCACAACAAGUGCAUCAGUGAAGAUCAGAAAUACGGCGGCAGAGACUUCCAGGCGAAGACGAAUAAAGGCGACGUGAAGCAGCAGCAGUGGAUUCAGAGGAUCCAGGAGGCCAUGGAGCGGCCCGGCAUCCAGCCCAGACUCCAGCAGGUCCUGCGGCAGGUCAGCGCCUAUGACAACGUGCCCCGGAAGAGAGCCAAGUUUCAGAACUGGAUGAAGAACAGCCUGAAGAUCCACAGUCCGGAUUUACAGGAGCAGGUCUGGGAGAUUUUCUCAACGGCGGCUGACAGCCACAGCAACCAAACCAACCAUCAGACGGCAGACGAACACAAACCAAACACAAGCGUCCUGAACAACGGCUCUGAGACUAAUGAAGAAAAGACAGAAGAGCAGAAAAAUAAAAAGAACAAGAGAAAAACUUCAGAGGAGCAGAACGGACAAAAUACCUGCGAGAAACAGAGCAGAAAAAAGAGGAAACGAGAGGAGAGAGAACAGAACGGACAGAAUGCAGACGAAAAGAUGAAGAAAAGAAAGGAAGAGGCGUUUGAUGAGAGUCUGAAUCUGGAGGGGGAGGAGCCAGAGAACCAGCAGUCUGAAUCAAACACUACAGGGAAGUUUAACUGGAAAGGGACGAUAAAGGCCGUUCUGAGAGACGCUCCAGACGACGGACUCGCUGUCAAGAAGCUCCGCAAGAAGGUUUUAGCUGCGUAUUAUUCAUUCAGUGGAGACGGAAACUACAGAUCGGAAGAGGAGCUUCUGUCUCUGUUCAACAGGAAGAUCAACAAGAACCCAAAGUUUAGAAUCCUAAAAGACAAAGUCAGACUGGUGAAAUGACUGUGACGUUCUUCUGUGAUCUGUGGUGUCAUCAUCAUCAUCAUCUUCAUCUUUUGCUGGAAUAAACUCUAAAACAUC